UUUUCUUGGAUCCUUAUUUGAGACAUUUUUGUGUGUGUGAAAAUCGAAUCUUUAUUUGAGUUCUGUACAUUUUGGUCUCUGAUCUCUCACAUUGUGCUUCUUACUUCAAUUGUGUUGUUGGGUAUGACUUUUGUUUUGUUUCUUUGUUUUGGAUCUGUGGGCUUCUUUGUUGGUACUUGCUGUGUGAACACUGACCACAUAGUUAGUUAAAGGAUGUUAAUUGUUUCCUACUGUUAUUCAAGAAGAGCUUUUAGUAGAACUAAUUGAAUGAGACUUUCUUCAGAUUUGCUUGUCUGCAUACAUGUACAUGAAUGGGAUUGAUUGCAAUUUUGAAAAUAAUAUCCAGAUCUGUGGGUUAUGAGUACUGAUUCAUGCUACUGCUCUAUUGUAUCUACAUCUAUUACAGAUUCAUUGUUUCAUUUUCUUUUAAAUUGGGAGGAAGAAAAUUAUUAGAACUCUCGUCCGCCCCUCUCUUUACCCUCUGUAGCCGAACUUUCUUACUUAUGCGAUGAGGAGCUUGCUUAGUAUUGAAAUCGAGUUGGCAGAAAGUACCGAAAGUCGGCCGCCUGCCCUAUCAUCCCAUGUCUCAACCAUCUUUUUUGAAAUUAUGGGUAUGACAUUACUGUUGAAAUUGGUCUGCUGAGGUGGGUUUUCAGCCUGUUAUCAAGUCUCUAUUCGUGGGUGUUAAAGAAUAAACAUUUCUGUCCUGUCUACGUGCAUUGCCAUUGGGCUUCUACUGAUAGCUAGGUUGGCAUUAUGGGUUCUCGGUUCCCGUCUCAUAAGCUGAGCAGUGGCCUUUAUGUAUCUGGCCGGCCGGAACAGCCGAAAGAGAAGGCUCCAACAAUGAGCUCAGUUGCCAUGCCUUAUACUGGCGGUGAUAUUAAAAAGUCUGGAGAGCUUGGGAAAAUGUUUGAUAUCCCAACCGGGGGACGGAAAUCUGGACCUAUUAACAAUGCCCCAUCAAGAACAGGAUCAUUUGGUGGCGCUACUUCUCAUUCGGGUCAACUGAAUUCAAUCAGUCGCAUGGCUUCUGGUGGCGGUCCUGGAUCUGUUUCUUUGAAAAAGACCAACUCAGGUCCUCUAAAUAAACACGGAGAGCCUAUGAAGAAGUCAUCUGGUCCCCAAGCUGGAGGGGCUACUGGUACUUCCCGCCAAAAUUCUGGCCCUAUUCCCCCAAUUCUCCCUACAACAGGCCUCAUUACAUCCGGUCCCAUUUCUUCUGGCCCACUCAAUUCAGCUGGUGCUCCGCGAAAGGUGUCGGGUCCAUUGGAUUCCACAGGCUCGAUCAAGCUACAGAGUUCUAUUGUUAAUAACCAGGCUGUUACUCGUCUAUGCCCCGGUGAAGAAUUUUCCUUCCGUAAGAGCUUCCCGAAGCCAAUACUUUGGUCUAUAAUUCUUCUAUUUGUGAUGGGAUUUAUAGCUGGUGGCUUUAUUCUUGGUGCUGUUCACAAUCCCAUUCUUCUUGUCGUUGUUGUUAUCCUGUUUGCCAUUGUUGCUGCGGUAUUCACAUGGAAUACUUGUUAUGGAAGAAGUGCUAUAGUUGGUUUCAUCUCUCAGUACCCUGAUGCGGAGCUUAGAACUGCAAAAGAUGGCCAAUUUGUUAAAGUUUCUGGGGUAGUUACAUGCGGAAAUGUUCCUCUGGAAUCCGCAUUUCAGAAGGUUUCUAGAUGUGUUUAUACAUCCACUAGCUUAUAUGAGUACCGAGGGUGGGAUUCAAAAGCUGCCAAUCCAGAACAUCGUCGUUUCACUUGGGGCCUUCGUUCCCUGGAGAGACAUGUUACAGAUUUCUACAUCUCUGACUUCCAAUCUGGAUUAAGGGCGUUGGUGAAAACUGGAUGUGGUGCAAGAGUAACCCCUUAUGUUGACGAAUCAGUCGUUGUGGACAUCAAUCCAUCAAAUAGGGACAUGUCCCCAGAAUUUGUCAGGUGGCUAGCUGCGAGAAAUCUAUCCAGCGAUGACAGAAUAAUGCGAUUGAAAGAAGGGUAUAUAAAAGAAGGUAGCACGGUCAGUGUAAUGGGAGUUGUCCAACGAAAUGAUAAUGUCCUAAUGAUCGUUCCUCCUCCUGAGCCGUUUUCAACAGGAUGUCAGUGGAGUAAAUGCAUUCUUCCCGCCAGUUUAGAGGGAAUUGUACUGAGAUGUGAAGAUAGUUCAAAGAUUGAUGUCAUUCCAGUGUAACAGAUGAAGGCGCUACUCUUUUGGUUUUCACGUUGUUUAAGUAGUACUGAGAAUGAAGUCUCCAAUCGGUUAACCAGGUGUAUAGUUUGUCAAUCCUAUUUUUUGCUUCUUUUUUCUUUCUUUUAUCUGUAAUGGUGUUGGUGUGAUUAUUAUAGUAGAGGAAACAUGUUGAUUACUGAGGAUUUUGGAGAGCUUUUUUUAAGGUUAGAGAAGUUUGAUAUAUUCUUAUUCAUGUGGGGGCUUGGAAAAAAACAAGAUAUGUUUAUUGGUUUGAAGAAUUUUUUGUGUGGCCUCUUAGCCACUUUCAAUUGCUAUGAACUAAGAUCUCAUUUGCAGAAA